UCUCUCUCUCUUUCUCUCUCUCAUACCUCACUCUUCCUCCUCUCUCUAAAAAGAAUGGUGGAUCUUCAAACCGUUUGCUGCAUGUGCGGUGAUGUUGGUUUCCCUGACAAGCUUUUCCGUUGCAACAAAUGUCGAAACCGCUUCCAGCACUCGUAUUGUAGCAAUUACUAUGGGGAAUUACCGGAGAUAGAAGUGUGUGAUUGGUGCCAAAGCGAGGAAAAGAGCAGCACAAGGCAUGUUGUUGGAUCCUCCACUUCCAAGAAAUCCGUUACGCCCGCCGGAAACGAUCCCGGAAUCACCACCCGUUCCGAAUAUUCCGGCGACAAAAUCAAGCACCACGAUCGCGAAGACGCCGCCGCCUCCUCCGACAAGGGAAAGAGCCCCACGCCGUCGCCGCGCCCCACCACACGCAGGUACAAGCUUCUCAAGGAUGUAAUGUGUUAGACACAGAGAGAGGAAAAAAAAAAAGAGAAAACGUAACGAAUUAAUAUCAUA